GUACACGCACAUCGAUCUUCAUUUGCAGUGAAGUUGGCUAGCAUAAGCCCUAGGCAACAUGACGCUUAAGCUCUUGGCCGAAGUGAGCCCGCAGGAGUUGCUCGAAGCUCUUGCCGGGCUCCAAAACCACCUGCUCGGUUACAUCAAAUCCAUGUCGCUCAGGUGUGUCGUCGAUCUAGGCAUCCCUGACGCCAUCCACUGCCGGGGCGGCACCGCUACCCUCGCCGACAUUGUGACCGACACGAAGGUACAUCCGGGCAAGGUCGCCGACCUCCAGCGCGUGAUGAAACUGCUUACCACCUCGGGCAUCUUCACCGCCACCCCCAACGCCGGGGAUGACGACGACACCAUGGUGUACGGGCUAACCACGGCCUGCCGCAUCCUCGUCGGUUGGUGUAACCUCUCCCCCAUAGUGCCCUUCCUUGUGAACCCUCUCGUCGUCUCCUCCUUCUUCAGCAUGCCCGCCUGGUUCAGGACCGAGCCCGAGGCCGCCGGCGCCGGCUCCCUCUUCGAGCUCGCACAUGGCUGCUCCCAGUGGGAAAUGGUCAGCAAGGACGCCGGCUUCAAGAACGUCCUCAACAACUCCAUGGCCGCGGAUAGCCAGGUCUUCCUCGAGGUCAUUAUUGUGGACAAGGGCCGUAUCUUCCGCGGCCUCAGAUCGCUCGUCGAUGUCGGCGGCGGCAAUGGCGCGGGCACACAAGUGAUCGCCAAGGCGUUCCCGCGCAUCAAGUGCACCGUGAUGGACCUUCCUCACGUUGUCGUUUCCGGGCAGGCAGCCGCCGGUGAUGACAUUCUGAGUUUCGUCGCCGGUGACAUGUUUCAAUCCAUUCCAUCAGCCGAUGCUGUCUUACUCAAGAACAUUUUGCAUGACUGGGGCCACGACGAUUGCGUCAAAAUACUUAAACAUUGCAAGGAAGCCAUCCCUGCUAGAAAUGCUGGAGGAAAGGUAAUCAUUAUUGAUAUGGUAAGAGGAUCUGCAAACGGUGACAGGAAAAUCAAUGAGAUGGAAGCCAUACAAAACUUGUUCAUGAUGUACAUCACCGGGGUGGAACGAAACGAAAUUGAGUGGAAGAUGAUAUUUUCUGAUGCUGGCUUCAGUGAUGAUUAUAAAAUCCUGCCAAUAUUGGGUCCCUACUCAGUAAUUGAGAUCUACCCAUGAAAAGCCGGUGACCUAUACCAUAUUAAUUGGCCCAAUAAGUUGCACCCAUACCUGAAGGCCUACACUAUGUAUGUAUGCAGGAAGUCUAUGUGUAUGUGUUGUCAUUUCAAAACCUAUACUAAGCAUAAUUGUCUAUAGAAAUUGUCACUAUAUUUUAUGUAACUAUAUAUCAUGGUGAGAUCGAUGAUUUGGUCUUGUUACUCCAACCAAGGCUACAAUAUUUUUAUGAUAUUAGAAUAUUCGUUGUUGUUCUGAUUCUAUCUUGUUCAUAGGAAAAUACUUGUGGUUGAAAUAGCCACUCUCGUUUGGUUU